AACGAUACAGGGUCCUCUAUCGAAGGGCAGAGGUACUACGAAUUAUUGGCACGCGUCGAUAUUCCCUAUUACGAUCGAACGCAUUCCAAAGAAAUAUUACGUUCGUUUCACCAUAGUCGAUAGAUCGUUUAUUAUUAUAUCGAAUUUAAAGCGGCUCGUUAUUUUCAGAUAACAAUCGUGCCGUAGGAAAACGGCCAUUGGUAGAAAAAUGCGAAACAUUCGUUAGCAGUUCGUGUAUACGAUGAUCGCUCGGUUUUUAUCUCUUAAAAUAAGACACUUGCCUCGUUUCGAAGAGUUCCUUUGUCAUUGAUCGUAUCAACACGUUACUCCAACGAUAACGGCCAUUUUUAGAUUCUGUGAAAAAAGGAGAAGGAUAUCGAGUCGGAAAAUGUAUUAAAAGUCGCAACAAACUUCGAGAAGAGAGAGAGAGAGAGAGAGAGAGAGAGAGAGAGAGAGAGAGAGAGAGAGAUAGAGCCGUUAGUACGCGUGACGGCCGUCGUGCGUUGGAGGGUGCGCUCACGUCCCGCGCUCAUCCCCCCGCAUCCUUUCGACCUAUCCUAGGGGCGCCCCCUUCUAACCUCACCCCCGCUCAACGUCCGGUAAACGUAUUCAGCCAACGAGCUACGUUCCCCCUCCCUCGUGACAGCCGGCGCGGCGCCACUGCCGCCUAGCCGGCGAGGCAGGGGCUACCCCCACCACUCGAGCACCGGCAGUCGGUGCGAGUGCAUAGUCGACGCAUAUCGUUGAAAGAGAGAAGCAGGGACGCGCGUUUCCUUCUAGUUUUCUUCUUGUGUCCUAAGACCGUACGCGCGCGCGCGCGCGUGUCUAUAAUAUAUAUAUAUAUAAUAUAUAUAUACACACACACACAUAUAUAUAUGUGUGGUGUGUGUAUGGUGUGUAUGUGUGUGUGUGCGUGCGUGCGUGCGUCCGUCCUUAGGGCGAAGCAAGCAACGAUCGGUCCUCGAUUUUACCCGAGUCUCGACUUACUCACCGCGGUCGCGUCGUACCUUUCGAGAAAAUCAACGAGAAUCGAAAUAGAGAGAGAUUUGGCGCGUCCUCUCGCGCACGCGUGACGCGAGAAAGAAGAAGAAGGCCUCAAAGGAUAGGACGAGACAGAGAAGAAAGAGGAAACGGAUAAAGAAGUAAUAUCCUAAAAGUGGUGUGACCGUGCCUCGUGUGCUUCCUGCCUAUCUGUGAAAAAAGACCGAGGAGCAAGAGAGAAAAGUACGUGCGGCAUCUGUCCUUCUUUCUUUCUCUCUUUGGUUUCGCGUGCGGCUGCCAGAGCGCUGCUCGCAGAUCCCUUUCGUCCUUUGUCUCGCGCGUCCCGCUGGCUCUCGCGUUCCGUUUCGUUCCGCGCGUUACCACCGCGAGAAGAGAGAAGAAAGGAAGAAUUCUCGACUAUAACGUUUUUUUUGCUUUCUUUUUUUUCUUUUUCUUUUUCUUUAUUCCCUCCUCGCUGGGUAUAUCCUUUUAGCCGCGUCGCGUCGCAUCGUGUCGCGUAUCGCGUGCUCUCGGAGACCUUGAACUUGCUACCGAGUCGUCCUCGCAGCCGUCGUGCGCGUCGUCUCUCCUUUCCACGCGCUACCUUGUCUCUCGGUUCAGCGUUCUCGUCGAAAGGAAAGGAGAGAAGGAACUCAAGCGAAAAAAAAGCUACGCGAGAGAUAACGAUCGUUAUCGCGAUACACCGCGAUAUCUGGAUACUUGGAGAAACGGAGAGGGAGAAAGAGAGAGAGAGAGAGAGAGAGAGAAAGAGAGAGAGAGAAAAGCCGAACGCAAGCCAGGGAUCCUGGAAGUUAAGAAGAGUCAGGAUGUUUCCUUACACGACCUUCCCGGCAGUCGGGAUGCAGGUACGAAAUCUGGUUGUCGGGCCUGGUGAAGUGACUAUGGACCACCGGGUGCGGGCGCGAACGGUGGACCAACGGUGACCAAGACACGGUGUAUUGUCUAUUCGCCGGCAUGGAGGCAGCGAACGGUGCAAUCGAGCACGAUUUUCACAAUGCUCUGGUCCCGAUAAACGGUAGCCAUUCCGGCAGUUCUGGUAGAAGUACACCAAACGGAGGUGAUCCAGCCCCUGGAAAACUCUUUGUCGGUGGUCUAUCAUGGCAAACUAGUAGCGAAAAGCUCAGGGAAUAUUUUGGCAUGUUUGGAACCGUAACUGAUGUUCUCAUCAUGAAGGAUCCUGUUACACAGCGUAGUCGUGGGUUCGGUUUCAUCACGUUCGCCGAGCCCGGCAGCGUCGACAAGGUGCUGAAGUGUCCCAUCCACACCCUGGACGGUAAGAAGAUCGACCCGAAGCACGCGACGCCGAAGAACCGCGCGAAGCAGGCUAAUCGGACGAAGAAGAUCUUCGUCGGUGGGGUGAGUCAGGAGACGAGUAGCGAGGAGGUGAAGGCCUACUUCAAUCAGUUCGGCAAGGUCGAGGAAACGGUGAUGCUGAUGGAUCAGCAAACGAAGCGACAUCGGGGUUUCGGCUUCGUCACUUUCGAGAACGAGGACGUGGUGGAUCGCGUCUGCGAGAUCCAUUUUCAUACUAUCAAGAACAAGAAGGUCGAGUGUAAAAAGGCUCAGCCGAAGGAAGCCGUUCAACCGGGUGCCUUAGCCCUCGGUAAGAGAGUGGUUUUGGGCGCGUUGGGGGUUAGAUUGGCGCCCCAACCGCCGCUCCCGGUGGCCGCGGCGGCAUCUCAGAUCGUCGCCGCACAAGCGCAAGCCCAGGUACAAGCGGCCGCGGCCGCUGCCGCGGCUGCCCAAGUGCAAAACGCCGUCGCUGGCUACGGAAAGUUAUUCGCUAGCAGUUAUCCCGCGUUAUCCGCCUAUAGAUAUGCGCCCUAUCCGAUUCCAGCUGCGGCGGUCGCAGCCGCGGCCGCGGCCGCGGCACCUGCCCCGGCUCCGGCCCCUCCUGCGGCCGCCGCGGCUGCCGCGGCUGCGGCUGCGGCGAGUCCGGCCGCGGCAGCAGCUCCUGGCAAUCCCUAUCAAGGAUACUCCCUGACAAACGUCGACAUGUCGAGCUUCCAAGGUGUCGAUUGGGGCUCUAUGUACGGCAUGGGCAUGUACGUCUAAGCUCCUUCCUUCUGUCGUCACAUCUCUAUUUUUUCUCUUUCCUUCCUCAAAUCCUUUGCUUCCUCCGUCUCUCCUCACACUACUCUCAUGUCCCGUUCGCGUCGUUUACCUUUCACUUGUACCAGCGACUCUUUCUCUCUUCCUCAACCAACUUUGACUUGUCACCCAUUCUUCCUCUCUAUUCCUCUAUUUUCUCUCUCUCUCUCUCUCUCUCUCUCUCUCUCUCUCUCUCUCUCUCUCUCUCUCUCUCUCUCUCUCUCUCUCUCUCUCUCUCUCUCUCUCUCUCGACCAUCACCAGCCUGACCGCCGACGCGAACAUUCGGAGAAAUCGAAUGCGAGAUUUACAAGUGCCUGCUGCUUAUCUCUCUGGAGUCUACGAUGAUGACAACAACAUCAAUAAGAAGAUCCUCGUCUAUCUUCGCGAGAAAUAUCGAGGCAACAUCGAUCCUUUGGUAGAAGUGCGAACGCACGGCGCGAAGCGGCCGGACCUUGACAUAUUUGUUAUCUCCUUCAAGAUCAAAAGUUCAAACCGAUAAAGACUGGAAUACGGGUAUGUACCGCAGGAUGACUGAUCUCGUCGAUUAGAGAGAUAAUCGUAGCCACGAAUUCGAAUUAGAGGAAGAUGUAGCUGCGAACGAGUCGCGAUAUGUAUAUGUAUCUCUAGUUAAGGACGAGGCGAGCGCGUGGAGAAAAAAAAGGGAAUAUCGAGGAGCGAGAAGGGAAACGCGAUGCUUCGAGACGAAUUCCAAGUUUUUUCUUUUCUUUUCUUUUCUUUUUUUUUCUCUCUUUUUUUUUUUUUACGUUCUCUUCAUUGUUCUUUAUUGUCUCGAUUCGAAGCUAUCACGAUCUUUUGGUUUUUUUUUAUCUCCCUAUUUUCGAGUCGUACAUUCGUAUUUCGCGCUUGUCGAUUCCCAAGUUCCACGUUCCCCGUGGCAAUGUUACGGUCUCGUUGUUGCGGUCUCGUCUUGCGGCCCCGAACUUAAUUACCGAUUAUCAAUUAAAAUAUUUGCGUCACUGAAUCGACCGAACCUUCGUUUAACUGGUCGUUCUCCUUUUUUAAACGCGACGCGUGCAAGCAAUAAAAUAUACCGUGAAGAUAAAAAAAAAAAAGAAAAAAAAAGAAAAAAAAAAGAAAAAAAAAACGGGGGUCAGGCGUGCGAUACCGCCAACGAACGGGAUAACACCUUCCAAUGGUCUUUGUCUCGGUUUAUUUAAAUAUUUUUUUAUUCUUUCUCAAGUUAUCUUUCUUUUCCGUACCCAGCGAGAAUCUGCUCGUGCAUUUUCCCGAGAGAUAGUCGAAAGUAUCUGUUAUAUCGAUCGUAUCAAUCCCAACUACGAUCGAUCUUUUUUCUCGACUUUCGACACUCCGUAUUUUUGUCAUUCUCGGGGAAGCGUAACACAGCGACUCUACACUUUCCGUAAAAAAAAAGACACGGGGACACGAGAGAUAUUUGCAUGUGUAUGUACGCGAAUAUAUAUACACACACACACACACACACACACAAAGAGCAUACAAAAUACAUACGUACACGUAUAUACAUGUGUGGAAGGUCGCUUCGAUCGACAAGAGUACAGACAAAUACGUCUAGAUAUAUGAUGUAUAGUGUAAUACAUAUAUAUUUUUCUUCGAGUAACGGAAGACAAUAUUUCUCCGAUCUUGGUCGCGCGUACAUUAAUAUUAAUAAUAACUUUUUAGAUGACGCGUUCGCGUAAGAUUAGUUCUCUUGCGUAAAAAGCUGGGUUAUCGUUACAUUUACACAAAUACACAUAUGCGCGCGCGCACGUACACACACACACAUACACUCAGAGAGAACGAGACACAUAAUUGUACGAGACACAGAUAGUAUUUAAAAAGACAUUUCGACAUCCGUUUUGAAAAAACCGCGCGCGCGUGUACUCGAUCGAAAAUGACUAUGAACAAUUCUUUUUGAAAGAUGAUGUAACGGGAAGGACUUUGUUUUCAUUGAAUUGCAAACUCGGCGAGUUUACUUAAACGGAAUAAUUAGUAGCGGUAACGACAAACAGUUUUGAUGAAUAAGGCAAAAUACUUUGUCUGCGCUCUAUCCGCGCGAGUAUAAUUAUAAUAUAAUAUAAUAUAAUAUAAUAACAAUAAUAAUAAUAAUAAUAAUAAUAAUAAUAAUAAUAAUAAUAAUUAUUAUUAUUAUUAUUAUUAUUAUUAAGAGAAAAGAACAAAACAGAGAUACUCGUUCAUAGGUUACGUUUUAACUGUAUGUGUAUAUAAAUGUAUAUACGUAUGUACGUGCGUACUCGACAUACGAUAGGCUCUGCGUGUCUAUCCUAUGUUAAGUAUUAAUGUACGUGCGUGUAUACGCGUAUAUAUAUGUAUGUAAAUUAUAUAUAUAAAUAUUCUAUAAUUAUGUAAGUCGAGUUCGUGCGUUGAAAAACGAACUAACCAGGAACCCAAGAUUGAGAUUAGCUGGACGCGCGUUAAUCAAGCGAGUCUAAUUAGAUUAAUUAAAUCUUUAAGUGCAGGAUUAAGUUUAGUCAUUAAGAAGCGAUUAAUUUAUAUACGAAUCGUGCGUAGAACGCGUCCCGAGUUUCGUCGAAGUCCCAAACUUUCAAUGUUUCGAACCUAUAGGAAUGUCAAAUUCCCUCGGUCUAUCGCGAAAAUUUCGCUCCUCGUAGCUCAGAUGCCCACCGUAUAUAUUAAGCGAUUCGAUUGAGUGAUCUUAGUUCGUUAGUUCUCCCACCUUGUAUUUAUUCAUAAUUAUAUAUUAAGACUCUUCGUUAUCCUAGCUUUCAAAGUAAAGUAUUAUACAACAAAUACUCGUACCACGUACGAUUUGUGUUCUAUCUAUCUGUCUGUGUAUUUUUCUUUUCUUUUCUUUCGUUUAUUAACAAUUUUUGGCUGUGCAAGGCGAAUUUAAUUUUAUAAAUUAUUAUUAUUUCGUUUCUUUUUUCAUAUUAUUAUUUCUCAUAGCUUUUAAAUUAAUAAUCGCUAUAGACCGAGGAACGGUGAAAAAAAAGAAAACGAAUAAAUGAAAAAGUAGAGAGGCAAAAAGUUAAGGCAAGCAAAAUAUCAGGGUACGUUAAAACAAAAAAAAGUGGAAGGGGGGCAACGUUUAUUAUCAUUAUCAUUAUUAUUAUUAUUAUUCUAAUCGUUAUCGGAUGUCGAUAAUCUCGGAACGACGUUUUCGUCGCGCGAGAAGGACGAAGGAUGUGAGAAAUUUCGAGCAAUAAGCGUUAAAAACAACCUUAUGAAGCAUCUACCAUAUUACCACUUUAUCAAUAUGUACCUAUAACGAUAAUUUAUAACGAUAAGCGAGCGUUGCGUACGUUAGUCUUACAAGAUGAAAAUAAAAUCUAGAGAUACGAAAAUGAUAUACUUAAGAAUAUGCUGAGAAAGAAGAAGGGAAAAGGACAUUGAGGGUGGGCUUGGGGGAAAAGCUGAAAGAUUAAAUAAGCGAGAAAGGGAAAAAGAAAAGUGUGAGAGAAAGGGCAUACGCGUAGGAUGAAGGAGGAAGGGUUUAUCAUCCCUUCCGAACGACAAGUAAUAUUCUCUAGUGAUAUACACAUAUACAUAUAUAUUACUGUAUAUAUGUCUAUAUAUAUAUAUAUAUAUGUAUAUGUAUAUGUGUAUAUAUAUAUAUAUUAUAUAUAUUAAUUAUAUACGAUAUUAUUAUGACGAUAAUCAUCCCGUAUUAUUAGCGACGAGAAAACUCGCGAGUGAUGUUUAUGACUUAUAAAUGAAAAGAAUAAUACAUUUUAGGGAUGUAAGGGAUAUUAAGCGAAAAUAAGAAAAGGAAGGGAUGAGUUGGCCGAACGAAGGAGCGUACGUCAUCGAUGAUAAACGUGGCCGUGUGCGUGCGUGCGAUAAUGCAAACGGAAAGAGGAAAAGAUGACAAAGUAUUGGCAAGGAGAGACGAGCGAAAUACCGGGCCUAAAUUUUCACUUAUUCUUGUAAUCCGUCAAGUAUUUUUCCCUAUAGAUUCCUUAAUUUUUUCUUUCUCGAUUUAAUAAUGAGAGAUAACGCGCCCGGUAUCGCAAAUGUGUCUUCCCUCUCUCUUUCUCUCGCUCUUUCCCUCUUCUCCUGCUUCUCCUACUUAACAGACGGAAUUUUUGCUUCUCGAGGGGAAGGAAUAGAGAGAGAGAGAGAGAAAGAGAGAGAACACGAGUCUCUGCGUUAUACGAACGCACGUAUACACGUAUAAGUAAUGGUACGAUCUCGGUUUUAACGAGAUUAAUUUUUGGAAGCAUUCUCUCUCUCUCUCUCUCUCUCUUUCUUCUCUCUUUCUCUCUCUCUCUCUCUAUCUCUCUCUCACUAUCUCUGUUGUACGGCUUGCUCGUCGAAAACAGUCGAGCUUUCGUGAUAUUUGUACUUAACUAUUAAGCCCACUCAAAGUUGGUGUGUUAAAUAAAAUAACACAUUACCGAUUAAUCGAUUAUAACGCAAUUAUCAAAGCGUCGAUAGCAAUAACAUUUUUGGUAGACGAUUACGAUAAAGUUUGGUGCGUUCGACUCGACGAGCAAGCGAACGAAAUCGGCAAUAAUAAAAAUCACGAACGGGGAAAAAUAUUAAUCGUCGUCGACAUUUCUGUGUUCGGAAAUCGUCGAUCGUUCUUCUUCAACGUUUUAAUAAAAAAUCGAUAGAAAAAGGCGUAAUAAUUAUAAAAAAAAAAAGAAAAAAAAAAAAGAAACAAGUUUCUGCGGUGGAAAACUCGUUCAUCUCUAAGAAGACGAUCGUGAUUUCACGGUGCACGAACUAAAAAAAAAAAAGAAAAA